AUAGAAAAAGGGCUCCUAUUCUUUUGUCACUUUUCAAAACCCAAAUUUGCAAAAGCAUUUUUAGGGAAAUCACACAUCUAGUACUAUCAUUUUGAUUCCAAAAUCAGAUCCAAUUAUCUUAAACAUACCAGAACUAGCAACAAAAAUGACAUAUUAACAAUAUAUAUUAUCAUAAUUCAUUAAUCAUACCUUAUUAUUUUAUUUUAUGUCAUUGUAAACUUAUUAACUACAGCCAUUUUUCUUAGAUAUCCCUGUCAAUCAAAUGUCUUGUAGCUUCACUAGUUGCCCGAAAACAAAAACGAAGAGAAGAAAGCCAACAAUUAUGGCAGAAAAAUAAUAUGCACACUUCUUAUGUAGGUGAACUUGAGACAGAGGAAGAUGAUGCUCUAGAGCUCAAGCUUUUGCUUUCAUGGCUGCUUUUAGGCUCUUUCUUUCAUCAUUCAUCCUCUUUCUCUUUCAUUUCUCUCCAUUUCCAGCUCAAGGGAAAAUUAUAGCAGAAAUUAAGCAAAAUCAAGGUCAAGAUGAACCCUAUGUUGGAGUAAACAUUGGAACAGAUGUAUCAAACUUCCCAUCUCCCUCAGAUUUGGUUUCAUUUCUCAAAUUACAGAAAAUUACCCAUGUGAGACUCUAUGAUGCUAACACUGAUUUGCUUAAAGCCCUUGCUCAUACUAAGAUUAGAGUCAUAAUUGGGGUACCAAAUAACCAACUUAUUGGGAUUGGAUCCUCCAAUGCCACCGCUGCGGCUUGGGUGGACCGGAAUGUCGUCGCUUUCUACCCGGAAACACUCAUCGUUGCCAUUGCUGUGGGUGAUGAGGUCUUAACCUCAGUUCCUUCAACUGCCCCUUUGCUUUUGCCUGCUAUUGAGUCACUUUAUAGUGCACUUGUGGCCUCAAAUCUUCACACCCAGAUCAAAGUUUCAACCCCACAUUCAGCUUCACUAAUUUUAGACCCUUUCCCACCUUCCCAAGCAUUUUUCAACACUUCAAUGACUCAAUAUUUGUUGCCCAUUGUAAAGUUUUUGUCUAGGACUCAAUCCCCUUUGAUGAUGAAUUUGUAUCCUUACUAUGUUUUUAUGGAGAAUAAGGGUGUUGUGCCAUUGGAUAACUCUUUGUUUAAGCCUAUAACACCUUCCAAAGAAAUGGUUGAUCCUAACACUUUGCUCCAUUACACAAACGUGUAUGAUGCAAUGAUUGAUUCGGCUUAUUACUCGAUGAAAAACCUUAAUAUUACCGAUGUUGUGGUGCUUGUGAGUGAGACCGGGUGGCCUUCCAAAGGCGAUUCUAAAGAGCCUUAUGCGACUAUGGAUAAUGCCGAUACUUACAAUUCGAACCUCAUUAAACAUGUUUAUGAUAGAUCUGGCACCCCCUCUCGCCCAGAGAUUACAUCGAGUGUGUAUUUAUAUGAGUUGUUCAAUGAGGAUUUGAGGUCACCCCCAAUAUCCGAGGCCAAUUGGGGCUUGUUUUAUGCGAAUACUACCCCCGUUUAUUUGUUACAUGUUUCGGGGAGUGGGACUUUCUUGGCUAAUGACACAACAAACCAGACUUAUUGCAUUGCUAUGGAUGGGAUGGAUACAAGGACUUUGCAGACUGCUUUAGAUUGGGCUUGUGGUCCGGGAAGGGCAAACUGUAGCGAAAUUCAGCCGGGUGAAUCUUGUUAUCAGCCCAACAAUGUCCAGAAUCAUGCUUCGUAUGCUUUCGACAGCUAUUAUCAGAUGCAGGGGAAGGCUGCUGGGUCCUGUGAUUUCAAAGGCGUCGCCAUGAUCACUACCACUGAUCCUAGCCAUGGAAGCUGCAUAUUUCCUGGAAGUAAGAGAGAAAGAGAUAAGACAAGGGAUGUGGUGAAUUCAACUCAAGUUACAAGUGAAGCAAUCUGCAUUUAUGGAAACAAUCAAAUAAGUUUAAUAAACAGUCUUCUGUUUUCAUUAUGUAGCCUUGUGUUUAUGUGUUGCUUUUCUAAUUUUCUUCUCUAUUUUGAUGAUCAUAGAAGGUAAUUUUUUGGGCAAUUGUAAUAUUUUUAGCCUAAAAUGAAUGUAAUUGUAUAGUCAUCAGCUAAGCUGAAUUCGGUUUGAUUUGAUCA